AUACGUUUCAUAAUAUUAGUUGAUAGAAAGAAAGAAAGAAAGAUAGAGAAAGAAAACAUUAAGCUCUUGCGUUUCUCAUGAACUGUGGAGUCGUGUUGGGUUUCUAUUGUUGGGAGAAAUUUUUUAAGAGAAAAAAAUGGAAGGAGGGUUAUUGGAAUAUGGAAGAAAGUGCACUCCAUCACCUUUCUUGUUGAAGACAUACAUGUUGGUGGAGGAUCCGGGGACCGACGAGGUAAUAUCGUGGAACGACGAUGGAACGGCGUUCGUGGUGUGGCAACCGGCGGAGUUUGCUCGUGAUCUUCUUCCAACACUCUUCAAGCAUAGCAAUUUCUCUAGCUUUGUACGACAACUCAAUACUUAUGGGUUUCGCAAAGUUGCAACAAGUAGAUGGGAAUUUUGCAAUGAAAAAUUCAAGAAAGGUGAAAGAGAGUUACUAUAUGAGAUUCGGCGAAGAAAAGCUUGGAGCAACAAGCAACAACGUUCGGUUCAAAAUCAAGAUUCUGAUGAAGAUCAAAGGUCAUCAUCAACCUCUUCAACUUCUGGUUACACUAAUCUUGUGGAUGAAAACAAGCGACUCAAGAAGGAAAAUGUGGUGUUGAAUUCUGAGUUAACAAGCAUGAAAAGGAAGUGUAAGGAGCUACUUGAUUUGGUAUCAGUUUAUAAUGAAAAACAGGAAGAGGAAAAAGGUAAAGAUGAUGAUGAAAGGCCAAUGUUGUUUGGAGUGAGAUUGGAUGUUCAUCAAGGAGAGAGAAAGAUGAAAAGGAAUAGAGGUGAAAUUAGUGAAAAUGCAAGUAUUUUGUUGUCGCAAUCAUGCAAAUAGAAAUAUAAAUAAAUAUGUUACAAUAGAAAGCCUGAAAAUAUAGGUAUAUAUUUGUAUGUAGUUGCUGAAAAUUAAAGUAAUAAUCAAAUAUUUAGAAGUCAUAUAUAUUAUUUGGUUAAUUAGAUAGA